UUCUCUUCAUCCUCGGGCCACAGUCUGAGGUCCCCAGCUGUCCCAAACAGUCAGCUUGACGCAUGAGUGCUCAGCGCGGCGUUUACAUAAACACUCGUUCGCCGUCGACCUGGGGAAUCGUGAUGGAAGUCACCUAAGGGAACUCGAGACACGCAAAGGCAGUCUUCGCAUCAAGCCGGCCAAGGCGUCGGGUUAUCGAACUCAGAUCCAAUGCCGCUACUCGACUCAUAGGCGGCAGCUGAAGGACUUCACUCGGGAACUCAACUAGCAAUCUUUUUUGUAUCUGCUGUGACUUCCCACAAAAAGGUGGAACAGCGCUGACAGAAGCCAAUGGACCAGGAAGAUGACAAAAACUCCGUGGAUAUCCAUGACAACCCUCCAGCUCCUGACAACGUUGUGAGGGAGGACGGAGACACGGUGUACUUCAUAUAUGAAGAGGAGGUGGAGGUUGAGGAGAAGGAACCAGAACCUCCAGAACCUGUCAUCCGUGUCAACGACAAACCCCACAAGUUCAAGGACCACUACUGCAAGAAGCCCAAGUUCUGCGACGUCUGUGCCCGCAUGAUAGUCUUGAACAAUAAGUUUGCUCUGAGAUGUAAAAACUGCAAGACCAACAUCCACCAUUCAUGCCAGUCCUACGUGGAGUUCCAGAAGUGCUUUGGCAAAAUACCUCCUGGUUUCAGACGGGCCUACAGUUCUCCUCUGUACAGCAGCGACCAACCAGAUCCAAACAAUCCAAAUCGGAAUGACCCGGUCUUUGACACUUUGAGGGUGGGUGUCAUCAUGGCGAAUAAGGAGCGCAAAAAGAAUGAAAAUGACAAGAAAAAUAUGCUGAUGAUGAUGGAGGAAGAGGAAGAUGAGAAUCAACAGCCCAAAGAAAAUGAGGAUGGAGGAGAAGGAAAGCCAGAAGAAAAGAAGGAGAAAGGAGGAGAAAAAGCAGAUGACAAGCAAAAGGGAACCUUCUCUCAGUCACACUACUACCUAGCUCUCUACCGCUUCAAGGCCAUAGAAAAGGAUGAUCUGGACUUUCACCCUGGUGAUCGCAUCACAGUCCUGGAUGACUCCAAUGAAGAGUGGUGGAGGGGGAAGAUGGGAGACAAGAGCGGCUACUUCCCCACCAACUACCUGAUAAAAGUCCGUGCGUCAGAGAGGGUUUACAAGGUGACGCGCUCUUUUGUUGGGAACAGAGAGAUGGGACAAAUCACACUGAAGAAAGACCAGAUUGUGGUGAAGAAAGGAGACGAGAAAGGCGGUUACUUGAAGGUCAGCACCGGACGCAAGCUGGGCUACUUCCCCUCUAAUCUGCUGCAGGAGAUCACUGUGAUAUAAGAAGAAAAAAAGGACACGUCGAAACACAAAGUCAGAGAGUCCGGACGGUGACCUAUAUAUUUUAUACAUUAUCAAAAAGUGAGAUGCAACUGCUCCACUUGGUGAUUAUAUGAAUAAUCCAAUAGUACGAGACACAAUUAAGCACACCGAACAUCUAUCCAUUGUCUACACACCCCCUACCCUGUUCAGGGUCGUCCGCCCCUUUGGUUCACACACAUACGUAGAGACAAACACCACCAGCAUCCUCUGUGUCAGCUUCUGGAUGUUUGGAAACGUGUCUGCAUAAAACUCAUCCAGUUUGAGAGUCGUACUUCUCUUUGGAGAUCAAGCAGAUCCAUCUGCAUCCAUAUACAUUUUGAAAUGACAUGAUUCACUUCGGAAAAAUGUAAUAAAAGGAAGGAAAAGUU